GUUGGCACUGAGAUAUGGUGGCAUUCGCGCGUGUUGGGCCUCCUCCUGGCUCUCUCAUACCUACUUCACACUGAUACAGAAGCACCCCUGUGAGCUUGUCUCUCACAGUAAAUAUGUGACUGCGGCUCAGAUAGUGGCAGUAUAUGUGACUCUAGGCUCUGGUAGCAGCAGUAUAUGUGACUAUAGGCUCUGGUAGUGGCAGCAUAUGUGACUAGGCUUUGGUAGUGACAGUAUAUGCGACUCGAGCCUCUGGGAAUGGCAGUAUGUGUGACUCUAGGGUCUGGUAGCAGCAGUAUAUGUAACUAGGCUCUGGUAGUGGCAGUAUGUGUGACUCUAGGCUCUGGUAGUGGCAGUAUGUGUGACUAGGCUCUGGUAGCAGCAGUAUACAAGUCUUUAGGCCCUGGUAGCAGCAGUAUAUAUGACUCUAGGCUCUGGUAACGGUGGGCUAAGUGUUAUCAGUGUGGUCCUCCCUGUGUAGAUCUCUAGGAAUCUGAGGGACUGGUUGCCUUAUUUCAUACUGUCCUCUGUCAUCUCUUGUGUUAAAUGUGCAGGACUAUGGUGAUAGGUAUUCUAGUCUAAGUAGUGAUGGUGAUAGUAUUAGUAUAAUGUUAAUAACGAAUGUAGUGAUGGUGAGAGUGGCGAUAGUGUUAGCACAGUUUAGUGAUGGUGAUAGUGUUAGCACAGUGUAGUGAUGGUGAGUGGUGAUAGUGUUAGCACAGGGUAGUGGUGGUGACAGUGGUUCACUACUUCAGUAAACCACUGAGAAUCCAGAUACACAAACCAGUUUUGAAAAUAAACAGAGAUGAAUUGAUCGCACGAACGACGAACAUUGUAGUAAGACUGUAAAGGCGGAUUAUUGUCACGAACGCAUUGUAAAGGCGGAUUAUUGUCACGAACGCAUAGAUAAUGCCACGUUAUAAAUACGGAUUGAUUGCACGAACGACAAGCAGUUCAUCAAGGCUUUAAAGGCGGAUUGUGUUCACGAACCCAGUACAUAACAAAAGGCGUAUAUGAAACAAGUUACGAAUGCGGAUUGACGGCAGUGGAGAAUUAUUCCGGACUGGAUGUACGAACGAUACAUAGAAGACGAAAUCUAAGCUGAGUUGAGUGAUGGGCGCUAUGGGUGUGUGUGGCCCACUUGAACCCUGGCCAUGAUGACCACCCGCCCACGCCCGCCCACCAACACCUCAGUAUGGGUGCCCGCCCUCCUUAUCCUCCUGCUGGUGGGUGGUGGGCGGGCCGACAACCCCUCCUCCACCGCCCACGCCUCCACCACCACCUUGGGCGGAGGAAGGGCGGAGAACCCAGCUAACACCGCCCACGCACCCACCACCACCUUGGGCGGGCGGGUGGAGACUCCUUCCACCUCCGCCCACGCCCCCACUACCCUCAACACCGGUCGCCAGGACAAGUGGGCGGUGCUGGAGGAAGAGGAAGAGGAAGAGGAGGAAGAGGAAGGAGGCGGGAUGAGGGGGGUAAGUGGACCCCCCUACACGUGCCCAGAGGACCUGUGUAAGAUCACACAGCUGGUGGAGGGGGUGGCCACCCCCCCUCAUCUCAGAGUGUCAUGUCAUGAUCACCUCAGGAUCACUUCACUCACUGAUAUAUGGCCUCACUGUCUCCCACCCACAACCACUGACUUAGACCUGUCUGGGAGUGGUCUGACUGGUCUGCCAGCUGGUAUACUCUCACACCUGCCAGCUCUCGAGAAACUAUACUUGAGGAAGAACGAGAUUAGCGUCAUUGAGCCGGGAGCCUUCACUAAUCUCACCAACCUACGAAAAUUGGACCUAAGUAACAACGUGCUGACCAGCCUUGAUGCCGCCCAGAUGUCAGGACUCAGACGACUCCGCAGACUAAAGUUGGGACGAAAUCCACUGGCCAGACUACAGGAGGGAUUACUGCAGGUGUUGAGUAGCCUUAAUUAUAUGGACCUGGUGCAGACGCAGCUGGUGUGUGACUGCGGCUUGACGUGGCUGGCUGAGGCUGUGGCUACCAAGAGACUCAACAUCUCCCGGGGUUCCAAGUGCUACCGUCCUCGAGCACUUAAUGGAACUCACAUUAAAAAGCUCACCCCUGACCAGCUACAGUGUCAUGGACCUGGGCUGUCAGUGGUGGAGUUAGAGCCUGGUCUGGACCAGGUGGUGUUUGCCGGUGACUCCCUACGUCUGCGGUGCCGGGUCACCAGUGCUGAGGAAGGUCACAGGGUGUGGUGGGCACGGGGUGAUGCCCACAUCGUGCCCAGGAAGCCUGCCUCAAAUAGCUCUGCCACCGUCACUGGCUACCUAGACCAGCACCAUCAGCGAGGUGGAGCCAUUGUUAAAACCACCUACAUGCCAGAAGCUAUAGAGAGUAUGGUUGAAAUCCGUGAGCUGAAUGGUACUCAUAGUGGAGACUGGUCUUGCUUAGUGCAGGGAGAGCAGGGUAACCACACUCGUACAGUCAGUAUAUAUGUCAUUGCCCAUGACACAAAGUACUGCCCCAUGAAUGAAACAAGUAAUAAUCGAGGGACGUACGUGUGGCCGCGGACGGUAGCAGGUGUUACUGUAGAGUUGGGUUGUGCUGGUCUGGUGCCACCUCAUCAAAGAGGCCCCAAAUUUCCAGCCAAAGCAGCAGGGACCAUACCUAGCCUGCGGGUUGCCAAACACACAUGUUCUGUUGAAGGUUUCUGGCAUGCGCUGAACACCUCUGACUGUCCCUUUGUGUCAGACACCACAAAGAUCCUGGAACAGUUUGCUUCUACAAAUGUCUUUGCUAGCAAGAGAGGCCUUGUUGAAAGUGCCAAAAGCUUGCGCAAUUUUACUCGUGAUGGGAAAAUCCUGCGAGAUGCUGUGGAUAUUGUGUUUUUAGCCAAGACUGUGGAGCAGUACACGAACCUUCUGGGAACACUCUCAGGCCCCAAGGAGACAGCCUCUGCACUGAUUGACAUUGUUAGUGCCUCAAUGUCUACUGCUAAAGAACUGUUGUACACUGCCGAGGUUCUGGAUGGUGCUUGUCAGCGGCUGUUAAACUGUCUGUGGGAUGUGGCAACAUACUUUCCCACCUUGAAUCGUGGCGCUCAUCACCUUGAGAUGCACCAGUUCAGUAGGCAACCAGAAACUUUCUCUGGUCUCACCUGUAACUGGUACAGACGCAGCGUGCACUCAACCGAAAGACACUUUCGUUGUAAUACAAAUAACUAUUCAAUGCUUUAUAGCAGUGAUGAUGAAAUAAUGGAUGCUCAGAUUCAAGUUCCAUCUAGUUUGUUCUCUAGAGAGCAGCUCAGGAUAUUAAAUGUAUCAGAAGAGGAGACAGAAUCUCCAAGUACACCAACAACAGUGCAGCUACAGUUUUUUGUCUAUGAUACUGCCAAACUCUUUCCCAGGGUACUAGUUGGGAACUCUGAUACUUGGGAAAUUACUUCACCCGUGAUUGGUGCUAGGGUAAGUGAUCAGGAAGAGGAAUUGCAGCUAGAAGACAGUGUGUAUGUUACUCUUCGCUCAGCUAUCUACAGCCACAGUAUAUUACCAGUAUGGUGGAAACAGAAUGCCACUAGUAAUCAAGGAAACUGGACUAGUGAAGGUUGUAAAAUUGUCCGCAUGUUGAACUCAUUGGUGGUUUUCCGUUGUGAUAGAUUGGCUCACUUUGCCCUGUUGCAAGAUAUGGCAGCUUUGCAUCGAAGUCAAGAAGGAGCAAGGGGAGCUGAGUUUCGACCAAGUGCACCUGGAGUGUAUGUUGGCAGCGCAGUUUGUAUUUUAUUCUUAAUGGCAUCUAUAGUAACAUGGGCCGCUCAUCAUCACCGUAUUGCCACCAUGAACAAAAAUAAGCAUUCUUUGAUGAACACUUGGAUUGCAUUACUAUUACUAGUAACCUUGUUUACAGUAGGCGUUUAUCAAACUGAGAACCAGCAGCUGUGCCAAGGGAUUGGUGUGGCACUACAUUACUUGACAACAUGUGUGUUACUCUGGAUUAUUGUGACUGUAACAAACUUAUACAAGAAAGUAACGAAAGCACUGCGUCCUCCAGUUCCAGUUGAAGAUUCUCCACCUGAUAUUCCCCUUCCGCCCAAGCCAAUGCUCCGUUUCUAUCUGGUUGGCUGGGGCAUUGCACUUAUCCUGUGUGGCAUAUCUGCAGCUGUCAACCUUCAGCAGUAUGCAGGAUACAGUUACUGUUUUUUAGCAUGGGGACCUAGUCUGGGGGCAUUUUAUGCCCCCACAGCUGCCCUAGCUUUUAUCCUCUCCACUUUUUUCCUCUUGACUCACUGUAUGCUGAGAUCCCUUCGGGCUAAUUAUCCUGAAGUCACUGGUGCGACAGAGACAACUGAAUUGGAACUUUUAGAUGCAAAUUCCCCCAACUCAGAAAAUGCAAAUGCUCCAGGUGAGGAGGAGCUUAGUAUUGCUUCUCGUGAUACAACAGUAAGUGUAUCGGAUGGCCAGCACAGCCCUCUUACACAGUUGAGGGCACAUGUUGUCACACUCCUCCUUUUCAUUCUCACAUGGGCAGCUGCUGCAAUCACUACUGCAGCACCAUUUGCUUCUGUAAUCCCUCACCAUACUACAAUAUUCAGCAUUAUUUAUGCCAUAUGUGCCAGCAGUUUGGGCAUAUUUAUAUUUGUUUUUUUUUGUGUCAGUCGCAAUGAUGUGUGGGAGGCAUGGCGUGAAUGUUCUUGUGCAUUGAAUCGACACAGAAAAGAGGAGGAAGAAGCACAUCUGACAACUCCAGCCAAUAACAGUGCUAAUCACAUAGUGGUGUCAAAUAAUCAAUCUCGAGGGCCUGUAGGAGCACCCAGCACACACAGUCUUGAUUCCUCCCAAACCCACCAAACAAACAAAUCAUCAUCAGUUUCUCACAGUAUUCUUACUUCAAAUAAGCCAGAAAGUCUUGGCAAAGCAACCAAUAAUCUUCAACUACUGAGCUUGGGCACAAUGACAAAUGAUCUCCAUUAUGCACCAGAGAUUUUUUAUAAUCCCAAACAGGCAGGAGUUGCAAAGAGGUUCUUUCAGAAGCAGCGCAUGAGGCAGAUGGUAAAACAAAAUAAUCUUGAAAUCAACAGGACAGACAGUGAUUGUAAUUCCACUGUCUACAAGCCAAAGAUUUCACGAUCGAUAAACUCUGAAUCUAGCAAAUCGAACUUUGAUCCCUCAUGUUUAGGAGCAUCUAGUAAAGUAAAUAAUACUAAUAUUCAUGUUGAUUCAAUGUAUGCUUACAUACCAAGUGAAUUUCAAAAGGGUGGAGGAAAACAUGCCAGCAAAGAUCCCACUCCUGAGGUACUGUGUGUGUUGGGGCCAAGCAAUGAUGAUACCAAAAUGGUCGGUCUUUAUCCAUCAAUGACCAUUGAAAGACCAAUAGAUGUAGACAGGGGGUGGGCAACUAUACCCCGCAAACCACGUGCUUUUAUGGAGGAGCCAUUAAGCCCUAUGCGGCGUGGCGGAUCCUUUCCUAGCAUUGUGGAGGAGGGGCAGCUUACGUCUCAGGGCACCAGUCAGAGUUCAGCCUUGGAGCAACUUCCAUAUAUAUCCCAAGAACAACUACAGCAACAGAGACUAUUUAAUUACCCAGUUCUAGGGCAGGUGGCACCUAUGAAUCAGCAACUAGUACAGUAUCAUAGCCCUAGACACCACCAGCAACACUUGGAUGAAGAGGGACUUCUACGAAAAAAUAGAAAUUCUUUUAAUUCUGAUCAAACUGAAAGAUCAGAUGCAGCAGGUGUAACACGAAAUGUGGAUCAUUCCCGGAUGGGCCGUCACCCCAAGUAUAGAGGACGUGAGAGACCUCGACCUGGCAGAAAUAGGCGUAAAGUAUCCAAAUCCAGAGGCACCUGUGCACUUGAUGAAAAAGAUGACUGGACAGAUGAUAAUACCUCUCCUAUUAUUAUUAAUCACUUGCCAUCUAGAGAACCUGGAACAUCUGAAUCUGAUAAGGAUGUAAAUUCUCAUCAGUUUGCACCUUAUCCACAGCAUAUUCAUGCUCUCUCUGCACCCAACACCCAGCAUGCUAUUCUCCAGACUAGUCUUGAUUCUGUUAACCCUGUUCUUUCUCCAGAACAAACAGAGGAUAUACUGUGUGUUGACAUGUCCUGGCCACACGUUAUGAAUUCUGCUAUUUCAGUAGACAAAAAUGGGAGAACAAUAUCAGAGAAAAGUAAUUGUCAAUGCCUUCAUGCUGUAUAUUCUUCAAACUUAGAUGACUCUUCUCACAUGCCAGUAGAAAUGUGUUGUAGUGAGGACCAUGGUGAGGAAGGAGAUUGUGGAGCAUGGGACAGUGAAUGUGGGGAUGGGUACUGGUGUGAUGGAGGUGGUGAAGAACGUGUUAGUGUUUGUGAGGUCAGUGGGUGUGAAAACUCCAGCCUCUGUGGAGGAGCAUGUGGAGCACGGGGAGAUUUGUGUGGAAGCCAGAGCAGUGAGGGUGAAACCAGCAUAGGAGGUGCAAGUGUUGAUCCUGCAGUUGGCACUAGUCCUCGUGGUAGUGUCAAUAUCUCAGACUCCCCGUAUGACUCUCCUUUACAUCGUCUUCAUCAAAAUACUCCAGAUAGUGGUUCACUAGAUUCUGGUCUUCUUGGGUCUCCAGGGCGACCUCCAUAUGAUACGGUACUUACAAACACUGGCCCUAUUCACAGUACACCAAGAGAAAGAGAUAUUUUCCAUAAAGUUGAUCUUCCACUAUGUGAAGUAUACAUGAAAGAUGCUAGUGCAGAAACUGAUUUGCAAGACGAUCUUGACUCGGCUAACAUGAACAAUAGUGAAUACUUGAAUACUGAAACGAGUGCAGCAGAUUCUUCUGGAAACUCCAUUUUCUAUCAUACCAAUAGCUCUGUAGAAACUGUUCUAAGAAAUGGUGACAAAUAUGAUGGUGCAAAUGAUGACAGUGAUGAUGAGAAAGAGUUGUGUAAGAAGGAUCAUAGAAGAACAAGUGUUAAUGGUGGUGAGGAAGACUGUAGAACCAGAGUGGACCAGGACCCAGAUUCUAAUCCAAAGAGAGAAACAUGUGUUUAGCAAGGCUUUCUUCCUUUUUUUUGCACUCUUAGGUAAUGUACAGUAUUUAUAUUGUAAAAGUUCCUGUUUGUGACAUUUAAAUUUUUUCUGACUAGACAUGUUAAUGAGUUAUAAUUAAUAUUUGUAGGAGUGUAUAGAUGUAGAAUUAAAUUUGUACAGAUAAUUAGUUAUAUAUUUUAACCAAUAUCAUAUGUAUGGUAUGGCUCAUUACUAGACAUAUCAGUCAACAAUUUAUACAGUAUCUUAACCUGUUUUCAGCUCUUUUUACCAUGAAAAUAAUCAUAGCUUUUACUGUACAUUUAUUGAUGCUGUUAUAAUUUGGUGUAGAAUAUUGAGAGCUGGUUGAAGAAUAUACAGUCCAUUAUAAUAAUAAUAAUAGUAUAUUUGAUAAACCAUAUAAUGGCUGCGGUUAGAACUCACGGCGAGCGAGUUGUGAAGCUCCGAGCCAGUGCACAAGCCACUGGGCCAGAUGGCUAUAAUAAGAUUCAGCCAACUAAGUAUAUUUAUACACCAUAGGGAGGUUAGCAUGGGCCCCACUGUGACCACAAAUGCAAGUUUUUACAGAUAAAUCUCCUGCCAGCAUAACCAUGAUGAACUCCAGCUCAAAGCCAUCAUGAGGGAAUCAUGUGUACCUCCCUAUGUGUGUAAAUAUACUUAAUUGGAUAAAUCUUAUUGUAGCCAGCUCGCCCACUGGCUUGGAGUUUUACGACUUGCUCGCCAUGGGUUCAAACCCCACCUGUUCUGUGGUUUGUUUGCAAUCGUGUUAUUACGAUUUCAUGAGUAAGUAUAUUUGAUAUGUUGGUUGUUUUUUUAUGAUGUCAGGUGUUGCACCAUGAUAAGUGUCUACUUUGACACGUGUUUUUAUGGCAGUAUUAUGAACAUUACUGCUAAACAGUGGAUGGUACUUUUACAAAGUACUCUGCGAGCCAAAAAUUUAAAAAAAAAUAUUUUCUAUUGUAAUUUGACUUGAUAAGGCUUAGGUAUGCACUGUUUGUGUGUUGCUCAUAUGGAACACUUGGCAUGGCUGCUUUUAUUGCUUUGUCCAGGUUGUAAAGCUCUUAAUAUUACAAAGUUGUCAUUUAAAUUUCAUAUAUUAAGUGGGAAAAAGUAGUAUGCUAGCAGUUGAAUAAUUCAAAUUGUCAUAUUUUCAUGACAUGACAGCGUAGUUGUUCAGUAUUGUGACAAUGUUAACAAAUACUUGUCCUCGUAUAAUAUUGAUUUCAAAGUUAAGAAGCUUCAAUCUUUUGUCAAGCUGCAAGUUUUAUGUUGGUCUCAUUGCUAGUUAUCUCCAGGGUAACUGAACUGUCAUUUAUACCCCAUUAGUUACAAAAUGUAAAUUAUUUGAAAGCUUUAAAUUUAGUGAGGAAAUUCAGAGAUUCAUAAGUACAAGUGCAAUAGAUACAAAUGAAAGGUUGCUAAGACUAUGGUUCGAGAAACAUUUCCCCCCCCCCCUUAGGUUGUUGUGGUAGGGUUACAUGUAUAGCUCCUCCAAUGUGAGCAACUCUGGUCCUACAGAAGAAUCAUCUAAGUCAAACUUAAUGAAAUGCAAAUUAAUACUGUACAAGUAGGGCCCUAACUUUCAGACUUCCAACAUUGGCAUUUUGGAACCACUUAAUUGGUUAAGAACUGAAGAUUCAUUAAUGGACCUCUCAUUAACAGAUUUUAGCAAUUUCAGACAAAAAAGUUGGCCAGACAGAAUGAACAAAAGCCUGUAAAUCCAGAUUUUGUCUAGAGCAAUAGUGUCCAGUUGUCUUCUGAAGCAUCAACACAAGCCUAAUGAUUCUGACGUUUGUCUGGUACAGACCAGAGUGGCCAUGUCCAGGACCUGUCUGUUUUCAGUGUUACCUGAGCCAUAGGUCACCUGCGCCAGUUUGUUUGUACUCGGGCAUACAUUUGUCAUUCAGUCUAAUUGUCCCCCUGGAUUUAGAGUGACUUUAUUAACAUAUUAAGUAAAGUGCAAUUAACUAUGGCUUCUAAAGCAAGUGAUGAUGUCAAGAGGCAACAUGUGGCUCUCAGUGUAAGCAGAAACUUGAACUAAUAAAGGUCGAAUUUGGCAUCUCAGUGGCAUGGGUAUGUGAGGAAUACAGUGUUAGGAAACUGUAAAUAUCUGUAGAAGCAUUAACAAACUUACAACCUAUGCUCUAAGUUUAGUGUAGAUGCUGGUGAAGUCAGAAUAAAAGUUAUUUUGAGUCACCACUGUUGAUCACACACCAACUCUUCACCACAAAAAGGCAAGUACAAUUACUGUAAAUUACAUCUCGUCCCCCUAUUAGUCUGUUAUUACGAGGAUUCAUUGUAUUUACAUUGUGUCAGUGCAUCAAGUAGUUGGCAUGUGGGCAAAGACUGGAGAACAAAGGUGAGGCAGGGAGGUAGGUGGUUGCCCUUAGGGAGGCCCCCCCCCCUGGUUCUGAACUGUCAUGAACAUGCUCAGUAAACAAUUGGACUAAGAUGCAACACCACAUAGUGAAAACACUCCCUCACACAACACAACCAUCCUCACACCCUCUGUAAGUGAAAACAAAUUACUGGAUAAAAUUAACUGAAAUUAUACACUGAAUAUUAUGGCUCAGAAACACAUUAAUUCAUUUUACAUUAAUUAGUGUGUUUCGGAGCCAUAAUAUUCAGUGUAUAAUUUCAGUUAAUUUUUUCAAGUAUGGGAAAACAUGUUCUGAGUAUUGAACAAUCAACUUGAUAAAUUUUCUGGAAUGCACUAGCAUCAUAAUUUGGGGUCCUACUAUAUAUAUAUUCAUUAAUUUGAAUUUUAUGAUUUUACUGGUGUUGCUGACAACAGUAUUCACAUCCAAUCUCAAGACUAUGUCCAGAUUCACUUUACUGGGCAUCUCGCAAACUGAAUCUGCAUUAUUUUAAGAAACACUCUAUAUGCACAUCUACUAAUGAACACAAUUUUAAGAAACACAUCCCAGCCCCUCAAUUUUUUUUUAUUCUUCCCAGUAGGUUUAGGUUUUGGUUGCUGAAAUCAUUAUGUUGCUACAUUUCAUCAGCUUUAGAUUCUGCUAUUAAAUUUUUGGGGAAUCAAAUUCUCCAUUAAUUACCCUCUUACAACUGCUUUGUCCAAUCAGGGAGAGGCACUUUGAUGCUAGUAAGUGGCUUUUCAUCUAGGGAAGUUGAUUUGUCAUUCCUUGUACACAAAUUGCCUCCCAUUCACUGUGCUCAUAGUUAUUCCCUUGGAAUUAUUAUUAAUCACAGAAAAUGAGUAAGUAUUAUUUUGACCCCUCAAAGGUUACUGGAUACCAGUGAAGGGAUUUUGAUCCAAGGAAUUGAAGUCUUCCUUGGAUCAAACAAAAAGGCACAAUACCGUGACUGGACCAAUGCACAUAGAGAGAAGCUUAUUGACAAUAUUUCAGUCUGACUUGAACAUUUACAGGUAACAAGUGUGACUUGUAAAUGGUCCGAGUCAGACCAAAAUGUCUUCAUAAGAUUCUCUCCAGUGUGCGGGAUAUUUGUAUAAACAUUCAUUUCCACAGGUAUUGUAUGACACCCUACGGGUUUCCCCACUUCUAGAUGUAAUGUUUUGAAAAUUGCAGUUAAAUUCCAAGUUAUUUUGAAUUACAGAAAAUGGGAAUUAGCCUUGAAUGCUUAAGUGAACCAAGUUAUUUUUCCUAAGGAAAAUUUGAAAUUUGUUUGGAAAGAUGGAGUGGAAGUCAGUGAUUGCUUUUCUUGCAGAAAAAUGGGAAUGUGUUUGAAGGUGAAAUAAAACUCCCAUGGAGUUAUUGUUCUUAAAGAAGAUAUAGAAAAGGGUAGCUUACCUUGAAAGCUGAAGUGAAAUUCCCACACUUAUUUUUAAAGGAAACUAGGGUUCAUUACAGAAAAGGGGAAAUUUUCUUGACAGCUGGAGAGAAAGUACCAGUCAUUAUUCAUCACAGAAAUUUUUUUUUUUUUUAUGGAACACAAGUUUUGAAAACUGGAAUAAAAUUUCAGUUUAAAAGAAAGGAGGAGCUAGACAGAUAGCUCAAGUCAUUACCUGACCAUCCAGGCUGUGGUUCAUGUGUUGGAGUGAGUGCAGUCGGCAGUAACAGCUUGAUCCACCAUGAGGCCUGGUCAUGGACUAGGCCGUGGGGGUGUUGACCCCUGGAACACACUCCAGAUACAGGGAAGUGUUAAACCUUGAGGGGUUAUAUAGUACAUAGGCAGCAAUAAGGUUUGAUCCAAGGGGAAAAAAAAAAAAAAGCAAGGCCAGUUCCUUAGAUUAAGAACACCUAGCUGGCAUUACGGCUCCCUCCCACAAGGGACGCUUUGUGUACAAAACAUAUUUGGACAAAGUACAGAAGACAAAUUAGGGCAUUAGGAUUUAGUAAAAUAAAGUUGUAUAUUUUUUUUUUAUCAGUUCAUAAAUGCAUUUAAGAAAUGUAUAGUUCCAAAGACAACUUAUAUUAUUUAAGCUUUAUGGUAAAGGCUGAUGAAAGCAAAAUAUUUGCCAUAAUUAUCAGCACUUUUAAAGUCACUUGUAAAUAAACUGUGAGUGAUUUAUAUAAUGUAAAUUAAAUGUGAAUUUUGA